GUAGGUAGGUAAGGUACCUGAAAACUAAAGUCCUCCUACUUCACUAAUCUUAUACCCAGGACCAUAGGCACUUCCUUUUUUAAGUUAUAAAACCCAAGAAAGGAUUCAACUUGUCUAGGUUCGGUGUACCUAACCCAAAGUCAGCUACCUAUAUAUUUCUCUCUUUUCCUUUGUUGUAUCGGUUUCAGUUGUGUGAUAUAUAGAUGACGAUGUUGGAAGAGCAAAAGGAUCAAUCCACUUUGGUGAACCCACAACUGUCGCCGCCAAAUUCAUAUGGCGCCGUCGUUCUUGGUGGCACCUUUGACCGCUUGCACGACGGCCACUGCCUCUUCCUCAAAUCAGCAGCGGAGAUUGCCAGGGAUCGAAUCGUGGUGGGUGUUUGUGAUGGUCCCAUGUUAUCCAAAAAACAGUUUGCUGAAUUGAUACAACCCAUUGAAGAAAGGAUGCAUAAUGUUGAGAAUUACAUUAAGUCUAUCAAACCAAAGCUAGUAGUCCAAGUUGAACCUAUUACAGAUCCCUAUGGACCUUCAAUCAUUGAUGAACAUUUGGAGGCCAUUCUUGUCAGUAAGGAGACAUUACCAGGUGGAGUCUCCGUUAAUAAGAAAAGAGCUGAAAGAGGCCUUUCACAGUUAAAGAUUGAAGUUGUAGAUCUAGUUUCUGAAGGAUGUACUGGAGGCAAGUUGAGUUCAACAACACUAAGGAAGCUUGAAGCUGAGAAAGCCAAAAACCAGGAGUCUGCCACAAGCUUGAUGGUAACAAGCUGAUAUCAUAUCAAUGGCUGCAAGAAAGGUGGCCAUAUUUCGAUGGUUCUUUUUUUUUUUCCUUUUUCUUUUUGUGAAACUCCAACAGCAAAAAUGUACAAGGACACCUGAAAUUUAAUAAAAUUAAGCAUGCAAGUGUCUUCUUAUUAAAA